GCCAAUCACCGAGUCGGGAUCCCGGAAGUGCCGCUCCACGUGUGAGCCUGAGCAGAUGGCGGCGCCGCUGCGCGGGCGGCUGCGGGUGCUGGCGGCGGCGCUGGGAGGCUGCGGGCUGCUGCUGGGCUCGUCGCUGGCGGCGGGCGACGAGCGGCUCUACGCGGCGGCAGUGAUGCCCGCGCUCCGCGCCCUCCCCCCUGAGGCCGCCCACGGCCUGGCCCUGCGCGUCGCCGCCUUCGGGCUGCUGCCACCUUCCCGUCCCGACGGCCCCGCGCUGGAGGUGCGAGUCCUCGGAAGACAGUUCUGCAACCCGGUGGGCCUGGCAGCUGGCUUCGACAAGCAGGGCGAGGCUGUGGAUGGGCUGUACAAGAUGGGUUUUGGCUUUGUGGAAGUAGGGACUGUCACACCCAAGCCCCAGGAGGGGAACCCCAGACCCAGGGUCUUCCGGCUGGUGGAGGAUGAGGCGGUCAUUAACAGGUAUGGAUUCAACAGCCAUGGCCAUGUUGCAGUGGAGCGCAGGCUGCGGGCCCGCCGGGAGACACAGCUCAGGCUUACUAGUGCGGGGAUGCCCCUCGGAGUCAACCUGGGCAAGAACAAGAGCUCUACCGAUGCUGCAGCUGACUACGUGGCUGGGGUCCGAACACUGGGCCCUUUGGCUGACUACUUGGUUGUGAAUGUGUCCAGCCCAAACACCCCAGGGCUGCGGGACCUGCAGGGCAAGGCUGAGCUGCGGGACCUGCUGACCAAGGUACUGGCAGAGAGGGACAUGUUGCCCUGUGAGCGCAAGCCAGCUGUGCUGGUGAAGAUUGCUCCUGACCUCACCAUGCAGGACAAGCAGGACAUCGCUAGUGUCAUCUGCGAGCUAGGUGUGGAUGGGCUGAUUGUCAGCAACACGACUGUGAGCCGCCCCAGCAGCCUCCAGAGCAGGCAGCGCACAGAGCCUGGGGGCCUCAGCGGGAAGCCCCUGCGGGAGCUCUCCACACAGACCAUCAGGGAGAUGUACUCCCUCACCCAAGGCCGGAUGCCCAUCAUCGGGGUAGGUGGGGUGAGCAGUGGGCGCGAUGCCCUGGAGAAGAUCCGUGCUGGAGCCUCGCUUGUGCAGAUGUACACGGCGCUUGUGUACCACGGGCCACCGGUGGUGGGGGCGGUGAAGCGGGAACUGGAGGAGCUGCUGAGGGAGCAGGGGUUCAAGAAUGUCAUGGAGGCAAUUGGAGCAGAUCACCGAUGCUGACACGCUGCAAAACCAAGGUCUAGCCAGGAGGAACCAUGGCCAAGCAGGGACAGGUCUGACACUUCCAGUGCUGGGCGGGCUGGGACUGAACUGAGGUCCUGGUCCCAGCCCCUGAGAGGGGUCAGUGAUGGGUGAAGGUGGGGCUGCGCUGGGUGGAGAGCAGGGGAGGGGGUCUCCGCCCUGGUGUCACUGUCCAGGGCCAUAUUUUGGCUUUCCUGCGGGUUGCACUCCCCAGCAGAAAACAGUGCUGGGUAAGGCUCUGCUGGGCGGUGAGGAAGGCCUCUGAAGGGACAGUGCUGCACAGGCUGUAGGCAGUCCCGUGCCCUGGCUCCUGCCACAGCACUUCCCUGUGGAGGGCACACCUUCCCUGGUGUUACUGACCAGAGCUGUGGGCCAAGCAGUGUAUUGGGUGUCCGUCCUGCCGGGGACCCUGCAGCCGGUGCUGCCUGCUCUGCCUGGCGCUCGGUCCUCCUGCACUGCAGCCUCUGCAGGAGGGUCUGCCCUCCCUGCCCUCCUCCCCUCUCUGCACAUGGUCCUGUAACAAACCUGCAGGCCCUGGGUCCUGCCCGAGUGUCAAUAAAUGUUUGGCUCAC